GCGCAUAUCUUUCGCUACCAAGGCUCCUGGACCGCGACUCGUAUCAGCCCAGCGCCAGGCCCGUCCCAAGAGAUAGGGUGAAGGAGGCGGGGGUGGGUGGUGGGUGGUCGCCGGUCACCACGAACGCCCCUCCCCUCCACUUCCGGCCCCCGCGGCGCGGCCAGCCGCCAUUGGAGGCGGCCUCCAACCGGCGGCCGGUGCAUAUGCGCGAUCGCGGCCGGCGACCAAUGAGCGGCGCGGUGGGCGGAGCCAGGCGCGCAGGCGCCGCCCCCGCUCUGGCGGCCGAGGUGGCGAUGACGAAUGCCAGAGAAGGCUGGCGAGCGUCCGUCGUUGGCGGCAGCGAGCGCGCGCGGUGCCGGGUUUACGUCUGUCUGUCCGUGCAGCGGUCUGCGGAGCGCGCCUGCAGCGGCGCCGUGUUUGCCGGCGGCGCGUCUGGACCUUGUCAUGUCGGCGCAGCCAGCGGCAGCGGCCGGCUUCGCGGCGGCGGCGGCGGCGGCCGGGUUCGGCGCCGGGCCCGAGCCGGUGGCCGGCUACCCGUACUACCCCUCACCGCCGGACGGCUACUACUCGCUGCAGGGCUGGGGCUACCCGGCCGACAUGUCGCCGUCCGAAUACAGCCCGCCGCCGCCGCCGCCGGCGCCGCCCGGCUACCCUGUACUCCCGGCCGGACAGUACCCUCCGGAGGCGUACGGCGGCCUGCCCGCCGGCUGGGACACCGCCCCGCCGCGGCCCGGCUCGCGCGGAGCCAAACCCAAACGGGGCGCCAACAAGAAAGAGCGCCGGCGCACGAUGAGCAUCAACAACGCGUUCGCCGAGCUGCGCGAGUGCAUACCGAACGUGCCGGCCGAUACCAAGCUGAGCAAGAUCAAGACGCUGCGGCUGGCGACGAACUACAUCGUGCACCUGAGCGCCAUCCUGCAGUGUGACAGCGAGACCGUGCCCGAGUUCAAGGCCGAGCUAAAAAAGACGGACUGCAGCGACGAUAAGCGAAAACUGGCGCUGCUCGUGGAACAGGAACAGAAGGCCAACGGUCGGACCGGCUGGCCCCAGCACGUCUGGGCGCUGAAGCUCAAAUAAACGUCACACUCCCUUCAACGUCACACUCUUCUUCACGGUGGCGCAGCUCGAGCGUCGCUGCAAUCACCUCUCGACUGGUACCGAUAAAGGGCAGUAUCUCCCUCCAGAGGUCAACAGAGCUCACAUGAGUUCGUAACAUCUAAGCUCGCAGAGAUUGGCGCGGCUGUAGUGCCGGACUUCCUGCGCUGGACGCUGGCGAUGGCGUCUGGCAUACGAUCUGUGGCGACGCGGUGUGGCUGUUCAGAGCUCUCUCAGUGGGAGAGAAAUAGUCAGUGACAUUGACAGAGGUGCAAGCAAAUGACAACUUUCAGGCGGCGCUUGCAGUGGCUCACUCAAAUCCGCAACUGCAGACGGGAGAGACUGGGAUGACAGCCCCGAACACUGUGACCGGAAGAGUAUUGGUGUCUGAUUUUGUUACAUUGUUAUUUGUUUUAUGAUUUAGUCAUGUCAAAGUGUCGUGAUGUGGAUGCAAAGACUAGCGCUAAGAUGACCGCAGCUGCGUCUGUGUUAUUGUGCAAGCCAAUCAACAAAUCAUAUGACGUGGGCGUGUGGGUGUGUGCAAGAGGUAAUCAAAAUAUCGGGAAAUAGGUAAUGCGUGGGCGUGAGAGAACCCUGUAAAAUAAAGUUAACUCGAGUCUCGCAUGUUGUGGGUGCAGGUCGGACUGAGCUCUGGUAAUGAUCUGUGCGCCCUGUGAAGGUGCUUACUGCACAGGCCCCAUGUAGCCGGUGUUACCUGUGUUUGCUGUAGCUCUGUGAAUGCCGAAUGGGAUGGCUGACCGCAACCGAGGCAGCCAUGCUAUUGUGUGUGUUUGUGUCUGUAUGGGAGCGGCUCAUUGAACCUUGUCUGAUUCUCAAUUAUAGAAAUACAGUCGGUGAAACUAG